AUGGAUCAAUGUAAGACUGGGAAGCCUUGGAAGGCUGUUAAAUUGUACAUGGAGAUGAAAAAGAAGGGAGUGAAAUUGGAUGUAGUGGCCUAUAAUACAGUGAUUCAUGCAGUUGGGAUUUCGGAAGACGAAAUGGGGUGUAAGCCUAACGUUGUGACUUGCAAUACUAUUAUUAAGCUAUUUUGUGAGAAUGGAAGAUUCAAGGAUGCUCAUGUGAUUCUCGACCAAAUGCUCAAGUAUCCACCGAAUGUUAUCACCUAUCAUUGUUUUUUCAGGUCUCUUGAAAAGCCAAAAAUGGAUACUGAUGUGAUGCUCAGGAGGAAAUUUGGAAGGUGGGGGUUUCUAAGACCAGUGUUUUUAGUGUGGAAUAAGAUGGAGGAAUUUGGGUGUAGCACAAAUGAGUCUGCUUACAAUGCUUUGAUUGAUACUUUUGUGGAGAAGGGAAUGAUAGAUGUGGCUGGGAAUUAUGACGAAGAUGGUAGCGAAAGGUCUUUUACCUAA